CUGUUAUCACAGUAAAUAAAAGUAGUACACUCAAUGUUUACUUACACACAGUGAUCAGUGAUUGAAAUGACUAAUUCAUUGUUUUUUGAUGCCAGUAUUCUUAUUAGUUGUUUCAAAACUCAUGAAAGUAAUCAGCAAUGGCUAGACGUUCAAUAUCAAAAGACUAUUUGUGUAUUGUUGUUCACUAAUUCUGCGGAUCCCACAAAUUUACUCUAGGCCCUGAUACUUCAUCUUGCGGAGUCUAUCUAGCAGCAUUCAAAUUUAUCAAAAUGGCUGAGGAUGACUCUCCUGUCCUUUUUGGAUUCAUUUGUCCUAACUGUAAAACUGACCUCGGGAAUGCCACUGAGCUACUUAAACAUUAUGAAGAAGAGCAUUCAGAGGAACAGGAUAUUUUGAAAUCACUAAAAGACAUAUUUGGGAAAGCCAAGAAGAGGAUUCUGAAACAAGAUGAAAAUAAUGUGGCAAGCCCUGGUGCCUCAAGUUCGAGCAAGGUGCAACCAGUCUCCAGUAUAAUAACCAGUGAAGCUGUUAAUCCACAAACUAUAGGAUCUUUUAAGUGUCACACAGAUGCUUUCAAGCGCAUUCGCAAUGACAGGAUUGAACGCUUCUCUGCCGAAACAAACAAACUUAUAAUUCGAUUAGAUAAAUUACUGAUGGGUAUGCCACAUGAUCCAGUCAAGAAAAAAGCCCAUGAGCAAGCCGUGGUUCCUUGGUUAGAUGGUGCGAAUGUCUCCAGGUGUCCAGAGUGCACGCGGAGUUUUCACUUGGCACGGCGGCAGCACCAUUGUCGCCUGUGUGGUGCUAUCAUGUGUCAUGACUGCAGUCAUUUCCUCAAUCUGCAAACAGCAAAAGAAAUUCUAAUGGGUCCUAAGGAGCAAGAGCUGUCCCCGCCGUCUGAACAAGAGUUGCGACUAUGUAUCCAUUGCUACAGGUUACUCGAAAAUCGGAAAUUGAUGACGGACACAAGGAAUUGUAAACCUUUGCUCGCAGAAUAUUAUGAAAUCCUCAGUGAAUUCCACAAAGAAGCAAACAAACUAACUCAACAGUUCCUGAAAAUGAGUGAAUCUUUGAAUGCAGGGGAAACGAUGUACAAACUAAGCGAUGCUCAAACGCUCAGGUUGCAAAUCGGAAAAUUAGCCGAGAACAUAGAUACAACCAGUCGGAAAAUAGAAAGCUUUGGCAGAAAGAAUGGUGCAAAUAUCUCUGAGCUACAACUUCGCUUACAAAGUGCAAUUCGUGUAGCAACCAAGUCAUACCUGUGCACGGAACUGUUGCAACUUCCAUCUUUACCCACGGAAGAACAACUCCUCGGAUUACAGGAAAAACGAAGACGUGAAAUCGAACAACGGAUACAGGAAGAGAAGCAAUCUCAGAUUUCUCAGAGGACGCCUAAUAUCAGAACAUCAGUCUCUCAUCUUCAAACCUCCAAGAAUGAGGGUGGUGCUACGUUGGAGGAGGGUUGGAAGCCUGAAAAUGCACAAAUGUACACUUCAGAAGAUCCAAUGAUCCAGCAAAUGAACAUUUUAAGAGGCUACAUCAAGCAAGCAAGAGCUGCUCACAUGUACGACGAGGUAGCGAGUCUAGAGAAAAACCUUCAAGAACUCAUGGAAGAAUACUACAAACAAGAAUAUCAGAAGGAAGAUACUUUCGUACAGGAAAAUCAACUAGAGCACGCUGAACAUUUUUCUUGAGCCUCUCUCGUCACAAUGUCCUUUUUAGUUUUUACCAAAUGAGUCUUUGCUCCGAGUCCUGCAAAUCUACUUAUACGCUUAAAUGUCUUAGGUGAUGUUAGUUAGAUUUGUGUUAUUGCUACGGGCUAUGCUAUGCUCGUCAUUUAAGCAUGGCCAUCUAUAUCUUCUAGCGUACUGCUCUUUGAGCAAGUCUUUUUUUUUUUAUUUUUGUUGCGAUAUCAUCUCCACUGGUGCCUUGCAUCAAUACUACUGUUCCACUGAGGAGAACAUAAUGUGUAAAAUUGGCAUUUUGAGAAAAUGGACUUACAGAGCUGUGUCUAAAUGGGAAAUUUAUUUAAAUACAAUUUCUUUUUCUUUGUUUAAAAAGAAAGAAUAGUCAGUAUUCAAUCAUACCGAAGAGUUUAAGAAACCACUUGGGUGAUUAAAAAUCGACAAUUUUUUUCUUUCACUAUGUGAGCACGGCAUUCAUUUUUUUCAUGUUGUGUAAGACAGCUAUAGAUGACAUCCUCUGUUUGCUUGCAGGGUUAUGUAGUAGAAUACCAAACGAAAUAAUUUGAACGUUAAAAAUUGGCAGAAAGAGUGUCAAACUUAGAACAGCAGCACAUAUGUAUUGAUCUCUUGUAGGGUAAUGUGGAUUUACCGGUUUUUACUAAUUCUUGCAUUAGUUUACUCUACUUAAACUUCUUUUUGUAGCAAUAAUAUUAAUACAUAGGAAAAUGUAUACUCCUGAAGAAUGGAGCCUUCAAGUUAAAGGUGAUUCCCUGAAACUGAAAGUCUGAUUGAGGUAAGCAGACACACCAAAAUAACCUUCCUGAUCUGUCGCAUAGAAUAAGUAUUGUGAGUAAAAAGUAGUGAAUAUUUUGAAAAUUUAGUAGGUACCUAGUACCAAAAAUUCAGUCGAAGAAUUUGAUUUCCCAACCAAAAAGCAUUAAAAGAGGUCAUCAAGGUAUAUUUUUCAUUUCAAGUUCUCAAUUUA